AUGUUUGAGUCGAUUGUCAACUUUCUUUCGCCCGCGGCACUGACCAAUUCCAUCCUUCGCGAGGCAGUUGCUGCUGCCCCGGGCUCUUCCAAGAUGAUGACGCGCCGAGCCCGUUCCUCCCUAGAAUCAGCCGCCGCUGUUGACAACACGGCCACAGCAGACACGAUGGAACAAGAUACAUUCAGCAACAACGGUCCUAUCGGUGUCGACUUCUCCGGUCCUUUACUUACGCCAGAAGCUAGUCGUUCCGAAACUUCCAGCAAUCACGAUCUCGCUGUCGCCGGAGAUGAGAAACCUCAAGCACGACGACGUUCUGCGCGUACGACGCGUAUGUCCCUCCGCGCAUUAGAGAAUUUACGAGAUUUAGAAGAGGACAAUAACUCGAAACAUGUAGAGGGAUUGUCAAUUACACCCAAAGAGCGUACGGUCUCAGGAGAAACACUUGUAAACAGCGUUGAUGAAAGCCGCGCUUCUCCGUCGUCCGUCAACAACGAUGCCAACAUGAACGACCACUCGUGGAGCCAGACGACUCUCUUGCGGGACAAUACGGACAACGACGAAAACGCGCACCUUGCAACACCUGUCUCAAAGCGAUCCGAAGAAGACGAAGCACCGCGAAGACGAUCUCUACGAGCCCGGCCAGUUAAGGAGGACGAUAUUAAGGAUAAUGAUAAGGAUACUACGCAAGACAAAAUGGAAGUGAAGUCAGCCAGCAAGCCAGAAAAAGCUACACCUCCGCGCCGCUCGUCUCGUCUUAGCCUGGUCACCAGGGCUGUCGAAGUGCUCGACAGAGCUGCUAGUGUCUUGGGAAAACGGUCUCGAGAUGCGAUGGAAAAGGCUGUUAUGCAGCGUCGCUCUAGUUUACGUCCUCGACAUUCCCUACCUGCGAAAGAUGCGCUAGCUAGCACUUCUGAGCUCCCCGAUCCCAAAAAGCGCCGAAUGUCCGACGGUGAUUUACAAGCAAAGAAGAAAGAACUGGAAGAGGAGGCCUCAAAGACGGAGGAAGUGGAAAAAGCAGUCUCACCUCGAUUCAGAUCGAAGCGGUGGCUGGAUCAAGGAAUGUAUACUGGACAAGAACGUGACUACGAUCCCCGACUAAACGAGGCAAACAAUAAGUUAAGGGCUGCCAGACGCAGAGCUGCCCCGGAGCCACAACGAAAGCUUCUUCCUUUACCGAUGUUUGCUGGCGAAAGAUUGCUCAAACUCGGUCGUGAUUUCAAGCUUCCUUUCGAUGUGUUCUCACCACUUCCUCCGGGUCAACCUAAGCCGGACGAAUGGAAGAAGACAAAUCGAAAUGUUUUUGUCGGCGAUGCUGCUAGCUUCUGGCGCGAGAAUAAGAAAAUCGAGCUUUCGACUUGCCUAUGCGACGAAGAAACUGGUUGCGAUGAGGAUUGCCAGAAUAGAUUCAUGUUCUACGAAUGCGACUCCAGUAACUGUCGUGUCGGACCAAACUGCGGUAACCGGAGCUUUGAGGAACUAAAGCAACGAACCAAGGCUGGCGGGAAAUACAACAUUGGCGUGGAAGUUAUCAAGACAGCCGAUCGAGGGUAUGGUGUACGCAGCAACCGUACUUUUGAGCCAAACCAGGUCAUUGUGGAGUACACGGGCGAGAUCAUCACACAGAAUGAAUGUGAACGGCGCAUGCGGUCGGUCUAUAAGAAUAACGAGUGCUAUUAUUUGAUGUACUUUGACCAGAAUAUGAUCAUUGAUGCAACUCGUGGUUCUAUUGCGCGUUUCGUCAACCAUUCCUGCGCUCCCAACUGCCGAAUGGAAAAAUGGACUGUAGGUGGGAAGCCACGUAUGGCUCUGUUUGCAGGCGACAGAGGCAUCAUGACUGGCGAAGAGCUUACUUAUGACUAUAAUUUUGAUCCAUACUCGCAAAAGAAUGUACAACAAUGUCGCUGUGGAGCUCCAGGCUGCCGUGGUGUUCUCGGCCCACGACCCAAGGAACGGGAUAUCAGAGAGUCCAAGGCAGAACAGAAGAAGGAUGCCUUACAGAAGAAAGCAAAAGGUGCACUAGCCGGUACGAAGCGCAAGUUAGGCAGUGUGCUAGAUGAAUCAACUUCUGCUCUCAACAAGAAGAGAAAGAUUGUCAAAGGCACAACGGUCAAGGCAACUAUCUCCAAGGCAAUGUCCAAGGCUAAAUCAGCAUUGAAUGGCAAGAGAGUACCUGUGCAUGUCAAGAAGAACGUUGUCGUCACGAAGGCAACUAAGACUUCAAAAUCCACGAAAACAAAGAUGAUCAGCAAGUCGAAGGUCACCAAGGUCGCCACAGCAGCAAAGGCAGCCAAUGCAUCGUCCAAAGUGAAGAUUCAGCAAGCGACGAAGAAGCAUGCUACCAAGUCAGCUAAGUCAGCUAGCAAAGAGACGAAACCCGUGUCCGCAUCAGAGAGGGUUCGGAUACGAUUCAAAGCGACGGCUCGUCGGUCCACUAGCUUUAAGAAGGGAGCACAAACUUUAAAGGCGAAAAGCCCUGCCAAAAAGACUCCAGCAAAGAAGACGCCCAGCAAGAAGACGCCUAUUAAGAGCCCCGGCGGAAGUGUCAAAAACAAAGCUGCUGCAACCAAGAUUUGUUGGCUUGACGUUGGCGGUGUUGGCUUCUGUAGCUAUUGGGUCGAGUUAUGUCAUUACAAAAAAGACCGUCACGGAUACGACGGUGAUGGAUUCAGAUAUAUCCAGAAUCCGCUUUGGUGGUGUGGGACUAUUACUCUCGUUGUCGGAGAAUUAAUGAAUACCGCCGCGUAUGCUUUUGCGCCUGCUGUUUUGGUUACGCCCUUGGGAGCGUUGAGUGUGUUGAUCGGGGCUGUGCUAGGCGCAUACUUCCUCGACGAAGAACUCAACACCGUUGGCCGCGUGGGCUGCGCAAAUUGUCUGCUUGGCUCAAUUUUGCUGGUGCUGCAUGCCCCAGCCGAUAGAGAGAUACACACCAUCGACGAAGUCUUAGAUCUCGCUACCCAGCCUCGUACGUCCCCUUCUCCCCAUCAUCUCCCAGACUAUAUUUCUAACAACCAGGAAGUCUUCCUGGCCUACCUCGCCUUCGUAAUCCUCUACACUCUCUACGCCAUAAACCGGCUAGCGCCACGCAGCGGCCGCACAAACCCCAUCAUCUACAUGAGCAUUUGCUCUCUUGUCGGCUCCGUAUCCGUCAUGAGCGUCAAAGCGUUUGGUAUAGCCGUCAAAAUCACAUUUGAGGGCAACAAUCAGUUCACGCAUGCGUCGACGGUAAAUGCAAUGUACUACGUCGGCUUCGCGACAUGCACCAUCUCCGCAUCCAUGAUCCUGUAUCAGGGCCUCAACACCCAUGACCCGACAGAGAUCAUUUCAUUGCUUUGUGGGUUUCUGCUCGAGUUUGUGAGUGUUGCACUGCUUACUAUAUCGCGGAAUGAUGAUUCGGCGGUGCAAAGGGGGAAGAGGAGGACGUCUUCGCCGGUGGAUUAUGAGCGUGUUGGAAGAUUUGCGGUUGGUGGGGAUGAGGAGGAUGAGGUUGAGUUGAGAUCUAUUUGA